AGGGAGGCGAUGGGCAGCCGCGGCCUCGGAAGUGAAGCGCCGCAGGGGGACGAGCCGUCCUCUCUCGGACGAUGUCCGGCGGCCUCUUCGGAGCUGAGGCGGCCUCGGGCUUCUGCAAGCGGGUGCUGGUGACCGGCGGCGCCGGGUUCAUUGCAUCUCAUGUGGUAGUUUCUCUUGUGGAAGAAUAUCCAGACUAUAUGAUUAUUAAUCUGGAUAAGCUGGACUACUGCGCAAGUUUGAAGAAUCUUGAGACAGUUUCUGGGAAACCAAACUACAAAUUCAUCCAGGGAGAUGUCUGUGACCACAACUUUGUAAAAAUGUUGUUUGAGACUGAAAACAUUGAUAUAGUAUUACAUUUUGCAGCACAGACCCAUGUAGAUCUUUCAUUCUGGCACAAACUUGAAUUUGGCUACGUUAACGUUUAUGGAACUUGCAUUCUGGUUGGGGCUGCUCACGAGGCCAAUGUGGAGAAGUUUGUAUAUGUUAGCACCGAUGAAGUUUAUGGCGGAAGUUGCGAUAAGGAAUUUGAUGAAUCAUCACCUAAAUUGCCCACAAACCCUUACGCAACAUCUAAGGCAGCAGCUGAAUGCUUUGUUCAGUCUUAUUGGGAAAGGUAUCAGUUCCCAGUGGUUAUAACACGAAGCAGCAAUGUCUAUGGACCCCACCAGUUUCCAGAAAAGGUUAUUCCAAAGUUUAUUUCUCUUCUGCAACAGAACAGAAAAUGUUGCAUUCAUGGUUCAGGACUGCAGAGGAGACAUUUUCUUUAUGCCAGUGACGUAGCAGAAGCUUUUCUUACUGUGAUGAAGAAAGGACAGCCUGGUGAAAUCUAUAACAUUGGGACCAGUUUUGAGCUGUCAGUUACACAGCUUGCCAAGGAACUAAUCCAUCUAAUAAAGAAUACAAGUUCAGAAUCUGAGACAGAAUACUGGAUGGAUUACGUUAAAGACAGACCUACAAAUGACUUGGGAUAUCCAAUGAACUCUGGAAAAAUGCACAGCUUGGGUUGGAGACCUAAAGUACCCUGGAAAGAAGGAAUAAAGAAAACAAUUGAAUGGUAUCAAGAGAACUUCCACAACUGGAAGAAUGCAGGGAGCGCUCUGGAGCCUUAUCCUGUUUUGCAAGAAUCGGGAUGACUUGUAUGGCGCAGCUACAAGGACAAAAAAGAAGGAAAUUAUUCUACCUCAAAGCCACAGUUCUAUCGAGAGAGAGAGAGGGGAACUUCAUGGAGCGGCCAGAAUUGAAGCUGCCAUGUCUUCAGUAAAUAUAAAAUGUGAAUCAUCAACACUAUCAAGAAAGACACUAGAAAGAAAUUUUAGAAAUCUUAAUGCCAAUAGGACCAUCUUAAUUUCAUCAGCAUUCUAAUGCAAUAUUGAAGCUUUAAAGUAUUUUUUAUUAAAAAUUGGAAUUAAAGUCAUUUUUGUUAUUUGUACAUUUUGGUACAACUAUUUUGUAUUAUAUGUGUUGUUUCUUUUAAAAAAGGCAGUCCUACACCAACCCUUUCUAGUUCUUUCUGUUUCCAGAUUUGUAUUGUCACAAAAAGAGCAGUAUUCUCUGUGCUGGUUUUCCAGGGACAAUUGCUUUGUCAUCUGUUUCAGAAUAAGUGUUGUACAGUGCUAUGGAAUCCUUUGUUAACACCUGAAAUGUGUGAAAUUACAGAAACAAGAGAUUCUCUUAUA